GCCAAUCCUCAACUUACACCAGUCAAGUCACUGAGGCACUGUCCCAGUCUCCUUAUCGUGGCCUGGCUUCUCCAAGGGGUCACUCAUAACCGUUGGAGCUUGCCCUAACGGUUCUAACAGCGGCCCGUUUUUAACUACUAACCAGUACAAUUAACUGCCUGGAGACCUGAUACCACGCCACGGCCCACGGUCCGCCCACCGCCGCAUCUCACCACCAUGGUCUCCUCCUCCCCGGCCAAGUACGAAUCCAACCCGGAAGCGGGCGUCGUCCAGGUAUCCACAGGGGCGAUGAUGGCCGCGGCCUACCUCUCGGUGGAAGCCGAGACGGUGACGGGGAUCGACCCAGAGUCGCGAUCGCGGUACUCCUCGGAGCUGAACGACCCGUACGGGCUGGGCGGCCACAUCAAGUCCGAGUCGGACAUCGGCCAGAUGAGCCGGUUCCCGCCCAACACGGCGCGCAAGCGCAUCCACACGCUGACGAGCCCGAUGACGGCGCGGCGCGAGCGGGAGAUCCAGGCCUUCUACCGGUCGCAGAACGACCGGAUCCGCUCCCUCCUCAAGUCCGUGGACGACCACCAGCGCGACGCGCGCUCGGCCCACGGCGCCACCGCCCUCCGCUACCAGCUGGCCGUCAAGGGCUCGCUGGCGGCCAACUGCGUGCUCGCGGCGCUGCAGCUCUACGCCGCCAUCAGCUCGUCCUCGCUGUCCCUCUUCACCACCAUGGCCGAUUCCGUCUUCGACCCCCUGUCCGGGCUGGUGCUCAUGCUGUCGCACCGCGCCGUGAGCAGGGUCGACCCCCUCCGCUACCCUUCGGGCCGGUCGCGCAUCUCCACCGUCGGCAACAUCACGUUCAGCUUCAUCAUGUUCUCGGUCUCGCUCGUCCUCGUCGUCAUGUCGGCCCGCCAACUCGCCGAAGGGUCCGACUCGGAGACCAACGCGUUCCACGUGCCCAGCGUGAUUGCCGUCGCCGUCGCCUUCACCACCAAACUGGCCCUCUUCUUUUACUGCUGGACCCUCAAGGGUCUUUACUCCCAGGUCGAGAUCCUGUGGCGUGACCACCGCAACGACCUCCCCGUCAACGCGUUUGGCAUCCUCACCUAUGCUGGUGGGAGUAACAUCCGGUGGUGGAUCGACCCCAUGGGGGCCAUCAUCCUGUCCGUUCUCAUCGCCAGCUUGUGGCUGAGGACAGCCUACGACGAGUUUCAGCUACUGGUCGGUGUAACUGCCGAGCCUGAAUUUCUUCAACUCAUCACUUAUAUCGCCGCCACACAUUCUCCCCAUAUCCAGCAGAUCGACACCGUGCGGGCGUACCAUAGCGGCCCCCGGUUUAUCGUGGAGAUCGACGUCGUUAUGGACCGUAACGAGCGACUCGAGAUCGCCCACGACGUGGCCGAGGCGUUACAGAUCAAAGUGGAGAAGCUCCCGGGCGUCGAAAGAGCCUACGUCCAUAUCGACUACGAGACGAGCCAUAAACCGGAGCACGAUCUGAAGAAGGAGCUUUAAAACGAGUCGACAUCAUUUCAAGCCUGGAAGAUUCCUGUAGCACCUCUAUAUUGCCAUCUUGCCUCUAAUCUGGAACGGUUAAAAAUAGCGUGACGAUUAAGCAGAUGAUGUAUUUGGAUUUUAUUCUAAUCUUUGGGAUCUGUUGUGGUUCAACUGUCCUACUUUCAUACAGUAACCUAUAUAGCUGAAAAACCUCCACGUGUGUUGACGGUCCUAUGCAUUGGCAAUCACCUAUGCCUAGGUAUAUAUAUUCUGCAUGGCAUAUAUAGUCGCACCGAUGCAGAGUCGGGC